AUGCGCAGAAUCCACGCUCAGUUUUCGGUAAUGGAGCUUGCUAUGACCCUCUCCGGUCUCGACGGCGAAGCGCUCGGCGUGAAUCCUGCUGUGCAGCGCGCCUUUGACUCCACCGUGCAGUCCGCUAUGGCAGAGUUGGCCGAGGUUCCAUCGCAUGCAGUCCACCUGUCCUCUGUGCGGCCAAUUAGUGAUGGGGGAGUCCGCCUCGAGGCCAAGGUCCGCACCCCGGCCGGGCGCACGGCCGGGGACGUGCGGGGCCGUCUCACAGAAGAGAGGCUUGGUCCUGCGGUCGCGAAGGCGCUCGGGAGCCAGACGAGCCUGCGACCCUUCACUCUCGGGGCUAUUGCUGUCAGUGGCAUGGAGGUUUUCUUCGCGUCAUCAAAGCACCCCUCGACAACCACCGCUUCUACCACCCUCAGGGACGUGGCUUCGCAGGAGAGUGGCGACAGCCUUGGGGAGGCUCAGAUGAUGUACGUUGUUCUGGUGGACAUGCAAGUCCAGGAUCUUGAGAAGUUUGAUGGGGCGGAGUUUCUUCAAGCCUUCGCCCAUGAAGUCGACGUUCCCAGGAGUCGUGUCACGACCGUGCAAACGCAAUUCCAGACCAAGGUGCGCUACCUGGUGCCAGCAUGGGUUACACCGAGCUCCUUGCAGCCUGUCUUAGCCGCCGCAGUGGGAGCACCGCUGAAAGCCGUUGAGGUCUUUGCCUCCUCUCGGCGCCUCUCCGAGGGUGCAGUUGCCCAACACAUCCUCGCCGCUGUGGUCAGCACUGAGGAUCCCUCCAUGGCUGCGCAGCUCGCAGAGGAGCUACGAGACCCCAAGAAGGUCGAGAAGGCAGCAGAAGCACAAGGCAUAGCCUCCCCGCCACUGCAGUUGGAGCAGGCACCGAGCGUCGCGGUGAAGCUGCACACGCUGCUAGACCUGCCGCGGGAUGUGCUUUCUGCGCCGACACCGAAGCACCUUUCUGCGGAGCUGCGCCACCGCCUCGGGGUCGAAGCGACGGCCGACGUGCUGGGUGUGCGAGAGGUCAUCGAGCAAAGAUGGCGGCCGGAUGAAAUGCCAAAGCCACAGGCAAGCGUCGUCCCUGCGACGACCCGGGCCACCACCCACGUGACCACCCAAGCUACUACUACGACCACCACCACCACCACCGCUACUGUGGCCACAACCACGAAAAAAGAGAACCUGAAGGAGGCUCCUUACGGCACGGGGGAGGACCUGACGAUGUACGUCAUUCAGGUGGAGAUGAGCCUGAAGGAUCUUGUGCGCUUCGAUGGUACCAAGUUCAUCGCCGCCUUUGCUCAUGAAGUUCAUGCCCCGAGGAGUCGAAUUACGACCGUGCAAACGCAGUACCAGGCCAAGGUGCGCUACCUGGUGCCCACAUGGCUUGCGCCCAGCUCCCUCCAGCCGAUGCUGGUGGCAGCCCUGGGAGCGCCGCCGAAAGCUGUCGAGGUCACCCUGGGGUCUUCACGGCGACUUGCGGAGGAUGAAGCUGCCGAACACGUUCUCAGCGCUGUGGUCAGCACAGAGGCUGCGUCCACAGCGGUAAAGCUGGCGCAAGAGCUCCGGGACCCCACGAAGGUCUUGGAUGCAGCUGCGACACAGGGUGUUCCCUCCUUUGAGUUGAAGCUCCAGGAGGCCCCCAGUGUGGCGGUGCAGUUGAAAACGAUGUUGGAUCUGCCCGACGAUGUUCUGGCAGCACCGAUGCCGAAGCAUCUUUCCGCAGAGCUGAGCAAGCGCCUUGGUGUCGAAGCGACGGCCGACGUGUUGGGGGUGCGAGAGGUGAUCGAGCAGAGGAGGCGUCCAGAUGUAGCCACGAAGGAGAAGGCGCCAACAUCGCCCAAAGGGCUCGGCUCGCUCUUCCACAUCCGUGCCGGGCGAAUCAGCAUCAACAAUCUUGGUGGUGUGCGCUCCUCCAAAGAGCCCGAGGAGUUGCGCUAUAGUCAUGUGGCCAGCGCUUUUGGCAAGGAGCUGGACUUGGUCGUUCGAGCCGUCGGGUCCUACAAGCCCCGGGAUCCGGCGCUGACUGGAAUCGAUGGACAUGUCUUCGCAGCGGCCAUCAACGUGGCCAACGAUGGGGAUGUUCAGCUCGAGGUCUCCGUGGUCGAGAAGGAUUCCAAUAAGCUGGUCCACCUCCCUCAGUGCCACGUCUCUGUCUUCGACAUUGAGGACCCGCUGCCCACGCUCUCUGCCUCUGGGCAGGUGGAGGUUCUCGGCGCGAAGGUGAUGUUUUGGCGCAAUGGCACGGCCGUGCCCAUGAAGGAGCCCUGGGCCCCACAAGGGCCUGCUGCUUGGUACCCGGUGGGUGAAGAUGGCGCGGUGCGGCUGCGGAUCCGCGCGGAGCGCAGCGGAGGGAAUGCACUGAGCUCCGCCUGGGUGGGGCGCAACUUCUUCAUAGCGCUGCGAUCUCCAGCUGUGACAGUGCAGGAGGAGAUCGAUGCGCCAGCCAGAGGAUCCCACGAGGCUGUGGCUCAGGCGGCCUGGAAAAGGUUAGGGCGCAAGCUGCUGCUUGGCCGUGACAACGUGAUCUUCAACAACCUGGGAGGCCAAGGCCCCGGCCACCUGGACGAGCCGCCGGAGAUUCGCUAUGCCGCGGUUGGCAGCGUUGGCGGCGACAACGUCGACAUGGCACAGUGCUGGGAGAAGAUUAGCAAAUCACGUAAGUAUCGAGAGUGA